AUGGAGGUCCCGCCCCGGCUUUCCCAUGUGCCGCCGCCAUUGUUCCCCUCCGCUCCCGCUACUUUAGCCUCCCGCAGCCUCUCCCAUUGGCGGCCGCGGGCGCCGCGGCAGCUAGCCCCGCUCCUCCCUUCGCUCGCUCCCAGCUCCGCCCGGCAGGGGGCGCGCCGGGCCCAGCGCCACGUCACCGCCCAGCAGCCCUCCCGAUUGGCGGGCGGGGCGGCUAUAAAGGGAGGGCGCAGGCGGCGCCCGGAUCUCUUCCGCCGCCAUUUUAAAUCCAGCUCCAUACAACGCUCCGCCGCCGCUGCUGCCGCGACCCGGACCGCGCGCCAGCACCCCCCUGCCGACAGCUCCGCCACUAUGGAGGAUAUGAACGAGUACAGCAAUAUAGAGGAAUUCGCAGAGGGAUCCAAGAUCAACGCGAGCAAGAAUCAGCAGGAUGACGGUAAAAUGUUUAUUGGAGGCUUGAGCUGGGAUACAAGCAAAAAAGAUCUGACAGAGUACUUGUCUCGAUUUGGGGAAGUUGUAGACUGCACAAUUAAAACAGAUCCAGUCACUGGGAGAUCAAGAGGAUUUGGAUUUGUGCUUUUCAAAGAUGCUGCUAGUGUUGAUAAGGUUUUGGAACUGAAAGAACACAAACUGGAUGGCAAAUUGAUAGAUCCCAAAAGGGCCAAAGCUUUAAAAGGGAAAGAACCUCCCAAAAAGGUUUUUGUGGGUGGAUUGAGCCCGGAUACUUCUGAAGAACAAAUUAAAGAAUAUUUUGGAGCCUUUGGAGAGAUUGAAAAUAUUGAACUUCCCAUGGACACAAAAACAAAUGAAAGAAGAGGAUUUUGUUUUAUCACAUAUACCGAUGAAGAGCCAGUAAAAAAAUUGUUAGAAAGCAGAUACCAUCAAAUUGGUUCUGGGAAGUGUGAAAUCAAAGUUGCACAACCCAAAGAGGUAUAUAGGCAGCAACAGCAACAACAAAAAGGUGGAAGAGGUGCUGCAGCUGGUGGACGAGGUGGUACAAGGGGUCGUGGCCGAGGUCAGGGCCAAAACUGGAACCAAGGAUUUAAUAACUAUUAUGAUCAAGGAUAUGGAAAUUACAAUAGUGCCUAUGGUGGUGAUCAAAACUAUAGUGGCUAUGGCGGAUAUGAUUAUACUGGGUAUAACUAUGGGAACUAUGGAUAUGGACAGGGAUAUGCAGACUACAGUGGCCAACAGAGCACUUACGGCAAGGCAUCUCGAGGGGGUGGCAAUCACCAAAACAAUUACCAGCCAUACUAAAGGAGAACAUUGGAGAAAACAGCGGGAACUUCAUUGCAGGCCGUGUGUCACCCUGACCACGUCUAUCUCUGGGGGUCGCACGUUGCGGGCAGAGCGCAAGGCAUACACCAGAAAACGCUGUCCUGUGGUAUGGUCUCUUCCAACUUCAUGUACCAGCGUAAAGAUUAAAGUGGAAAACUUCAGACUUUGGCUUCUUUUUAAUCUUUUUGGAGAUUAAGUGUCUAAACUUAACUUAAAUGGUUUUUUACAGGAGUUAAAAGUACAUAAAUGCCUUUUUACAGCUUAAUCAUUUUGGUCUUCUGUUUAGUGUUGUAUUUCAAUUGUGGAGCCUCAUUUUAAGUGUUCAUUCUUUUAAGAUUUAAUGCUUGCUUUUUCUUUUUAUAGCUAAUAGUGAAAUCUACAAACCAAAACAAGAACUUUUAAAUCUGGGAUAUAAAUUAAAGAUCAUAUGCACAGAUCAAUUUAUGUUCUUGUAAUAAGCUUAUUAGAAAUUGGUGUUUGUGAUAGCAUUUUACUUGGGUUACUAGAGAUGCUUCUAGUAGACCUUAAUCUAGCAUAGUUGAACUUCUGAAUAUGGGAAGAUUGUAUUCCCAGAUUCUUUCCUGAAUAGAUUUGAAUUUAAUAUCAUUUGGGAACUCCAGGGUGAGUUUAUUGACUACCCAAACUGUAUUUUACCAAUAAAUAUGCAUAUGAUCUUUAAUUAUUGAAGAAAAUAAAGUGAGGACUUAAAACAGUUCAUGAAAGUGGACCUUUAAAAGCUUGUCAGAGUUGCACAAAUCUAAUUGGUAUUUUGUUUUUGUUUUUAGGAGGAGAUGUUAAAGUAACCCAUCUUGCAGGACGACAUUGAAGAUUGGUCUUCUGUUGAUCUGAUUAUUUUGUAAAAGACUUUCUAGUGUACAAGACACGAUUGUGUCCAACUGUAUAUAGCUGCCAAUUAGUUUUCUUUGUUUUUACUUUGUCUUUUGUUAUCUGUGUUAUGACUCAAUGUGGAUUUGUUUAUACACAUUUUAUUUGUAUCAUUUCAUGUUAAACCUCAAAUAAAUGCUUCCUUAUGUGA